UUCACAAGGUUCUGCUUUAACUUUAACGGCCUCUACCUGCCUCACUUACGAGAAACGCAUCACUCAUGCCAUGACGAAUCCUAAUAACUAUCCUCACGCAUCUAUUCCUGAUCUUAUCUCUGAGGAGACGCAGGAAAUGGAGGAUGAUGAGGAUGACAUCAUUCGACUAGUACGACACAGACCGCACCUCCAGCUAAUGCAUGAGCACGAGACUAAGAAACAUACCAUUCAGGUUCCAGCUCAGCCCCAAUCAGCUGGUCGGGACUGGCAACCACAUGAAACUGCUUUCAUUACUACCACCGCUACUACGAACAACAACCCUAGCAGCACCAACACCACCAAUAACAAUAAUAGCAGCUCCACAAACAAUACUGCGCAUAACACCAGUGUCAAUAGCAGCAUCGUUAUCAUUAAAACCAACCCUACCGUCAAUAAAACAGCAAGCGGACAUACCAACAAUCCUAGUAGUUCAAUUAAUACUGGCAACCACAACAACAACACAGGUUCUGUCAAUCGUGUCGAUCCUAGCUAUAUCAGCAACCCCAGCAACAGCACCAGCAGAUAUUCCAAUACAAACAUUAUCACUAAUAGCAUUGGCAGUGGUGGAAACAAAAGCCCGCGUAAUAAUCCUUUUAGGGAUUUACGAAAACGGCGGAUGCUCCUGAGUGCUGUUGUUCUACCACGUAAAAGUUGGCUCGUGCAUAGAAGGCCAUCAGAUCCCCUCCUCAUGUCUUUCAAAGACUAUCACCAACCGACAAUCCAUAAAUCACAAUCGAAUGCUGUUAUUAGAACUUUGAAUGCAACUCUGGUUUGCUAAUCGACGGCACAAGGAGCGCAUGAGUGAGCUGAGUUUGCUUGGUAUCAGCCCUGAUUCCAGUCCAGUUGCUUCAGCAGCAUCAGAUAGUGGAACAGAGUCAAGCGACGAUGAAGAGUGAGUUAAAUUAUGUCCAAAUGUGCGUAUAAAGCUAAAUGACUUCUUUUAACUUAGAUAAGGAACGACAAACAAUUCAUUAGAUUUCAAAGGGA